AUGACGAUCACCUCCAAAGCUGCAUCGGUGCUGGGCUAUCGAGUGCUUCCAACAUCGAUAGUUGCUUUACUCUCAUAUGCAGCGGUUUUUUUCGCUCUUUUAUUUACGAAUUCGCUUUCGAGUGUGCCAACUCCAGUCAAGCAACGAGGCUUGGAUUUAGAGCAAGCGUACAAGGACUUGCACCACAUCGCAGCCAACCCACAUCCCUACAUUUCCCAUGCGAACGACAACGUCCGUGAAUAUAUAUUGUCUCGCGUUCUUUCUCUCGCGGAAAAAUACCCACAUAUACACGUCGACAACGACCUCUCCAGCAACGCCUCAUGGUCUGCCUCGCCCAAGUUUGGAGUAUAUUUUGAGGGCAUGAACGUGUUGGUCAAGGUAGAUGGCACGGCAGGGUCGUCGGAGGGUGCUGUUUUGUUCUCGGCUCACUUUGACUCAGUUUCAACUGCCACGGGGGCGACGGAUGAUGGAGCAGGAGUCGUCACGCUCCUGCAGCUUGUUGAAUACUUUGCGAAGCACCGUGCCAAAAGGACUGCCAUUUUCAACAUCAACAAUGGAGAGGAGGACGGCUUGCAUGGAGCACAUGCGUUUCUGGAGCAUCCAUGGUCAAAGGAGACUGAUACGUUCCUCAACUUGGAAGGUGCAGCUGCUGGAGGCCGUCCAAUUCUCUUCCGGGCAACAUCUAUGACUCCAGUUCGCGCGUUCCGCAACAUGAAACUCAUCCCCCACCCACAUGCCAACGUGCUUUCCUCAGACGCAUUCGCGCGAGGCAUCAUCCGCUCUUGGACCGACUUUUCAAUCUACUCCGGCCCGGGACCCACCGCAGGCAUGAAGGGCCUUGAUUUGGCGUUCUACAAAGGCAGGAGCAGGUACCAUAGCAAGUACGAUUCGGUACAGCACACGGUGGGUGGGAUCAAGAGUUUGUGGAGUAUGCUGGAGGUUGCUAGAGGUGUUGCGGUUGGCUUGCUGAAUGUGCCGUUCGACGAUAAGCUUAAGGCAGAGGCUGCGAACAUUGAUGACGACCCCGUUAUUUUCUCAGUAUUCAAGAGGGUUAUUGUUGUAUUCCACCUUACGAGCCUUUUGACGUUCAAUAUCGCAAUUCUCAUCGCCGGUCCCCUUGUGUUGGUUUUGCUCCUGUUUUUCGAAAAAUUCUUCCUCAGCGGCCAAGCGAAGCCUGUCUCCCGUCGCUCAGCAGAUACCACCGCAGAACCAGCGCCAAACACUAAUGGAGACCGCACAUCAAGAAUUGGCAAUUCACGUUUGAGGUUCUUAGCUGCACGAGCCGCUGCUUCACGCCCUUUGGUUCAGAAUGACGAUGAUCAGUCUGAUGUGGGCGAUGUUCGGUCGCCUGUGCAACUGAGACCUAAGAGCGGGGGUGUAAUCCAUACGAUUUGGAGCCAUGUCAAAUUUUGGUUCGCGUUCGUUCUGGCUGCUGGGCUGUUGGUUCUGCUUACGUGGGGGUACACCGUUGUUAACCCAUUUGCAAUCUACUCCUCGCCAUACCUUGUCCUUUUCGCGUUCAUGACCCUCACAUACCUCGUUUUAAUCUUCGUUCUCACAUUUCCGUCUUCUCUGCUCUUCUACCAUCCGAAGCCAUACCCAAACCCCUCUCAUUUCUUGCUCAAACCAGCACAACAACAGAAACACACCAUCUUUAUCCACCUGUACACGUUUACAUGGAUCCUACUCGUCCUUGGCACCCUAGGAAUCACAAAGCUCAACCCAGGUCUAGGAGGAGGAUAUCUCCUGACGGCAUGGAACUUCUGUGUGGGAAGUGGAGUUGUGAUGGGAGUUGUGGAAGGGUUGGUCACGUCUGCGGCAUGGAAAGGACACGAGGAAGUGGAGCAGCUUCCAGGCGAGGAAAGGGAUACCAGCACGCGUGCAGGUGACGCGGAUGAUGAUGAGUCGACACCUCUUCUUUGGAGAGGGCAAGAAGGUGAAGAUGAAAACGAGGGCACUAUGGGCAGGAGCAACAAUGCGGCGUCUCAGCGCCAGCGGGUCAGGAAGAGGGCGAGUAAGCGGGAAGAGGAGGGUGGGGCGGGUACAUUGGCGAGUUGGUGGUGGAUACCCCAAUUUUUGGUAUCGGUGCCGCUCCCUGUUAUACUUUGGGGCCAUGUAACAAUGUUGCUGCUGGAUGCCGUUCCGCAGACGAUGACGGACGGUGCUUCGCCCUGGAGUGUGUAUGCAUUGGUUCUGAUGCUGGCGCUCAUUUUGGUACUCCCUCUUGCGCCAUUCGCAUACAAGCUCCGGCCUAGUCGCCUUCUUACCUAUCUCGUGCUCACCAUCUUCAUUUCCUCGACACUCUACACGAUGCUCGCCUUCCCUUUUUCUGUUGACGCUCCUUUGAAGGUAUUCUUCCAGCAACGCGUCGAAUUUCCGUCACGCGCCCUGUACGACACUUUGAACCCUGAGCUCAGGCCAAGAGUCGUCACAGCCAUAUCGGGUCCGCCGAAGUAUAUAGUCAAGUCCAUCAUCGCAAGCUUACCUUCUGCUCAAGGAAAGGAUGUAUUUUGUAGGGGAGAGGAAAGUAAAUUAGGGCUUUUGUCAUGUGAGUGGGAGGUCGAACCGAGGAUGUGGCCUUCACCUGGAACGUACAUACCCCCUGUAUCGUCAACCGCCAGUGAAAAGGAGAACGUAGUCGAUGUGGAUCUGGAUACCGCAAAAUGGGAUGUAGGCCAGCUGUUCAAGGCUUCGGUGAAGAGAAAUGGACCAUCUACGGCUUUGGUCAGUGUAACAGGACGCAAUACCCGCUCGUGCAGGGUAUACUUUGACAGCGGGCCUGCAUUUGAGUAUAAUGUUUGGCCUGCAUCGAGCGCGCCUCGUGCUACUGUUGGUGCCGAUCAAAACACCAAGCAGCAGAAACGUACGGAUCAGGCAGCAUUUACAGCACCUCCGAAGACACAUUUGCAAGAGGGAUAUCAGAUUGGCCCCGCCGGGAUCAAGGAGCUUCGUCUUUGGAGCAGGACGUGGGAGAGGCAAUUUAAAGUCGAAGUGGACUGGAAGAACGAGACGGAUAUUGGCACACCCGGUAUGCAUGGCCGCAUUGCAUGCGUGUGGUCUCAAUAUGAGAGCGGGAUGGUGGAUAACGGGGCUCUGUAUGACCCUGCUACGGAUAAUCUUGGAAUUGGGACCCUUGCGGCGAGGGCAAGGCUCAUGAGAGAGGAGGAUAGGCCAAAGAUCCCGGCGUUCGAGGAAGUUUUGGCGUUCCUCCCUGAGUGGGCUACUGUGUCCAAGCUGACGGAUGGGUUGGUGGAGGCUACUGUUCCCUUUUCCGUAUGA